AUGGCGGUAAAUGGAGUAGAGGAAAUAAUUACUUCUAGUUUCAUUGAUGCUGAAGAUAGCCUAGGCCCGUUAAUUGCUGGGUGCACAACUGUUAAGGAGCUACUAGAUAAAGUUCGCUGGGAGACGCUACCCCAAGACGUUUAUAUUUGGGUGUGCUACGUGCUCAGGUCCAAUGUGAAUGACAAGACGCAACCCGUAAGGGCAAGGGCGGACCCCCCUUUGGGGGUAGACCCCGAAAGGGCAGAGCCUCCUUUGGGGUUAGACCCCGAAAGGGCUGAGCCCCCCCACUCUUCGGGCUGGAAUAGCACAUUGCCGGCGUACUUGGUCGCCGAGCUGAAAGGCAUUCUGGUGGAGGAGUGGCCGCUGACGGAGCGGAGUUCGGUGAUCGGACAGUGUCUGGCGGCGAUCACGGCGGUCUACCUCGCGCGAUUCCGCACGCGGGGGAGUGCACCAACUGCGGCGGCGACAGAUGCGUUCGAAACCGUGAGUUAUUGUGUCGACUUUUGCACGGUCGCCGAUGCGGCGUUGCUGAGCGCGCUCCUUUGGCGCACGGCGGACGUUUGGCGUGAAUUACUCCAUGACGGCGACGCCGCGAUGCAGGCCUUCCUUGCAGACCCCGCCAUCGCCGAAGACAAAAAACUCAAAUUCACGCAGCGACUCGUCCCCGGCCGCGCCAUGUGCAUCUCCGUCUCCAACGCCCUCCUCGCCGCCCUCAGCGCAGACGACCAAUGGCUCGCCUACGCCGCCCGUAUUCGCAUGUUCCCCUACGCCGUCCUCCCGCCCUCCUUCGAAGGCAUUUCAUGUCGGCACCGAGGCGCGGGUGCGUGCAAUAAGGACUUUCCCACGGGCGUGGCAAGUGUUGAGACGGAACGGGCCGUGUUGGCGGCGUGGGACCGUGCGGUGGAGUUUCGGCAGCGGCUGCAAUUGGGUGCGCCUGCACACUUGACGGCUGCGGACUACGUGUUGUUCCUACGCGUGCAUCGUUUUCUACAGGACCCGGCGGAGUACUUGACUGUGUGUUUGGGGGGUACUCUGUCGGUCAGGAUGGAAAUCUUGGCGGGCGGCACACGUUCGGUAUCCGGUCGUGCUUCCGGGUCCGCCGGCGGCGGCGCAGUUGGAAAGGCGGCGGUGGUGGAGGAGGUGCUAGAAGAAGGCGAGACGGUAGACGAGCGACUGGACUGUUUGGUGGGGCGGUUGCGGGAGGUGGAGCAGUUCGGGCAGUUUCUGGAGCGGUGUUGCACGGCAGCGGGAAAGCGGAAGCAUCGCGUGCCAAAUCAUGCAGUGCAGCUGCUGACGGCAGUUCAUGUGAGUCCAUUGGCAUUCAUUGAGACCUUUGCGACGGUGCCGCAAUAUGCUUCUGUAAUCGCCGCACACGUGUUGGUUGCGCUGCGUAUCGCUUUCCAGUGGGUCGCCGGAGCGGACGAGCAAGGCUUGUUGGCUAACUGGGCGGCGAACAUCAGCAUCCAUGUCCUCGCCGCCUACAAGAAGGCACAACAGGCCCUGGUUGUCUGUCUUAGCCAUGAGCUUUUGAACGAAUGUCAUGAGAUUCUCGGCCUCGAACUGCAAACAGGCUACCCCUCCAGUAACCAAACUGGCAACCUACCCGAAGCCCCCCCCAACCACCGCAGUUACGACCAUACCGUCCCCGACCCGGGGGCUCUUGCAGCCCAAAACACAACUGAAAACACAGGACAGGACGCAUGUGAACGUGCGGUCAUUGCCGGACUUGGCCGCUUCACCGCCAUAGCGAAGACGGGACAUGAACAACUCCGCAGACUUCUGAUGACGCCGACCGAUCUCUCCGCCUGGCGGGACGACGCCUACCUCGAAACACCCCUGCCCGACGACUACCACACCUUCAGCCACGCCCAACAGCUCCAACAACGUUGGACUGAUGUCCUCGAGAAAAAGAAAAUCGACGAAGAUCCCGAAACCGAAGUCGAACCUUCCGAACGUCAUCUUGCCCAAGAUCGCAACCUCUGGCGGGGCCUUCGAACCGCCAAAAACGCCGGCCUCAUUCCCACCCGAGUCUUCGGCAAAGAGGAAGGACUCAUCGGCUACUUCAGCUAG